AUGGUCGCCGGUAUCAGUAAACGCCAGCAGCUGCGCAAUGAGCGUGCCCUGCAAGAUCUCAUCCGAUCGGUUCCUGGCAAUGACCGAUGUGCCGACUGCUCAGCUAUGAACCCAGGAUGGACGAGCUGGAAUAUAGGGGUUUUCCUUUGCAUGCGGUGUGCAGCACUGCACAGGAAGAUGGGAACGCAUAUAUCCAAGGUCAAAUCCCUGAGUAUGGACACCUGGUCCGCGGAACAGGUCGAUAAUAUGAAAUCCUACGGAAAUACCAUCGUGAACAAGAUUUACAACCCUCGGAACAUUCAGCCGCCCGUCCCAACCGACAUCGACGAAGCCGACGCAUGUAUGGAACGGUUUAUCCGGCAGAAGUACCAAACGAGGACAUUAGAGGAUGGGAGACCGAAGCCACCAAGCCGCCAGGAUCCUAGCUAUACAAGGGCCGAGUCACCAGAGGGCUCUCCUCCGCCAUUGCCCCCGAAACCUUCCAGGCCGUUCGGAUUUGGUCUUCGAUCUGCUUCAUCCGCUACGAAUCUUAGCCAGCCGACUGCCAGCAACCGUGUCCCAGAAUCGCCCGUCACCGAGGCGCGCCGCGGGUCAUUUGAGCUCAAACUCGCAAGGUUGAAGGAGAUGGGUUUCACCAACGAGCGCAGGAACACAACGGCCCUCAAAGGACUGGACGGGAACUUCGACAAGACUGUUGAGACAUUGGUGAGGGUGGGAGAAGGCAAGCAGACACCGCAGACCAGGACACCGGCUGCCACAACACCCUCGGUUGGGGCGUCAGUUAAUCCAUUCGAUCUAUUGGAUGCCAAACAGCCCGCCCAGCCGGCGCAGCCAAAUGGACAAAGUUAUAACCCUUUCGACAUGCCUACCCCGCAGGCCCAGCCUCAACCGCAAGCAGCUCCUACGCAAUCGCUUGAGCAGUCGUUUCAGAACCUUCAGGUGGCACAACCCCUAUUCCCACACUCCACCGGCGGAUAUCCAAACACACAGACUUCACUAGCCCAGCCUGGAUACACUCAGCCUGCGGCACAGCCAUUCGCUCCACAGGCCGGGUAUCCUGCCUCCGCACAACCGCUUGACAGCGGGAAUAACCCAUUCUUCCAGACUGGAGCUCAGCCGCAAGCCAGUCUCAACACGCCUACUCAGAAUCCUUACUCUGCCCAAACAAACCCAUUCUUCAGCCAAGGACCAGCGCAACCACAGCAAACACCAUUCCAGAGCCAGAGCCAGACGCAGACGGCCACGACGGCUCCUGGAGCUGGUUUCCCACAACCGCUCCGGCAUGCAAACACCAUGUCGCCGAUGCCGUCGUCACCAUUUGGACAACCAUCCCCGUUUCAACCGCAACAGCAGCAACAGGGGCUUCAGCAGUCGCAGCUUGGGGUACAGACGGCACAGGCUGGGCAGAGCCCAUUCAAUCCCUUCCAAUCUUCGACUGCUCCCAACACCCCGCUGAGUAACUAUCCGCCUCAGUCCCCGUUUGGCCAGCCGCAAUCUGCCCAACCGCUUGCCACCCAACCUACGGGACGGGUUGAUAAGAACAGCAUACUUUCUUUGUACAAUUUUUCCGCACCGCCUCCUUCCAUUCCAGAACAGCCACCAACACAGCCUACUGCAGCUUUUGGAGGGCCUACGCCGUUUGGAGGGCCUUCACCAUUUGGAGGACCUUCGCCAUUUGGACAGGCCCAGAACCAGCAAGCUGCUCAAUUCCAACCAUCAAAUCCUACCAACACCCAACCGCAAGCAACCAUGGACCCGCAGGCUGGGUCACGAAAUCCAUUUAUGGGGUUCCAAGCCCCUGGGACACAACAACCAGGCCAGAUGCCAACCCAACAGGCUGCAUACGGGAUGGCCAUGAACUCGGCCAACCCAGCCGGCAAUGCGGGGUUCAUGCGAGCGCACAUGAGCCAGCAGAGUGUAGAUAUAAACGGCUUCCAGAACGGCCGGCAUAGCCCGGAUGCUUUUGCCGGCCUUAGCGCACAACAACGGUGA